AGCUCGGCUGAAUUAACCAUGGGUUUGCCACUGGUGCCGAAGAAGGUGCGCAGCUGCAUCACGGUGAAGCAUGAGAUAGCCAGGGGAAUGCUCGCCGAAAUGGCUGGAAUAUUUGUCCUCGUACUCUUCGUGGAUGGCGGUCUUGCCGGGGGUAUCGUCAGCGGAUGGAUCUCGGGCACUCCAGUCUCGACCGCCUUCUCCUCCGGAAUGGGGGUGGCAUUCGGCAUAUACACCGGUCUUGCAGUGUCGGGUGGUCACGUGAACCCGGCGAUUACCGUGGGCUUAGCGUCCGUUGGUAAGUUUCCAUGGCGACGGGUGCCACUCUGGAUCCUGGCUCAACUUAUCGGAGCCUUCUGCGGCGCUUCGGUCGUCUUCGGUAUUUACUACCAGAGCAUCGAUGCGCUCGAUGGAGGUAACCGAACGGUCUUUGGACCCACAGGGACCGGCGGGAUCUUCUGUACCUACCCACAGGAGUAUUUCGGCAUGGGUCCUGGAUUUGUGGAACAGAUCAUAAACACAGGACUACUCUUGCACUGCACCCUGAUGUUUUUCGACGAGAGAAACGGCAAACCGACCAAAGGGAUGGAGCCGUUCUUUGUGGGUCUGUCUGUGGCCGUGAUCAUCUUGGCCUGGGGACACAACGCCGGGGCACCCAUGAACCCAGCCAGGGACUUGGCUGGUCGGCUGUUGACAUGGCUGGCUGGCUACGGAGCUGAAGUCUGGGUGCCGCGGGGCGUCCACUGGUGGUGGAUUCCCACGCUGGUUCCGCCCCUCGGAGGGAUCGUCGGGGCCAAUUUCUACUACUUGUUUGUGGAGCUGCACCACCCUGCUGAGGACGGGGACGGGGAAGGAGUUGCGGAGGAGCUGAGACAGAUCCAGAAUGAGGAUGUGAAACUGGUCGAUUUAAAAGUUGGGGUUCAGUCCAAUGGUGAAUAACCGAAGCAUGGCUUGCCUUGGAAAGUUUCAAAGGAGGUGACAGUAGUAACAUUUAUUCAAAAAUGGCUAGGACAGUUUACCAAUUUGUAUCGCAAAUUAUUUUCAUGGUCCUCUGGGUUUCACAACAGUAUAUACCUUAAUUUGGCUGUAUAAGUUAUCUUGUAAUCGUCAGGGAGCAUAGGGCGCCGUUAUAUUGUCAAGGGUUUGUUAUGGUUUUCACACAUAUAUACUGUUAUCUUGUUAUAGGCCCUAUAUCGUAUGUAACUAUAAAUAUAAAAAAAAAUCAAUCCGGAUUUUAAGCAUCAAUUUAUAUUAUAGUUCAAAUUGCAUGAUUUAUGUAGCUAGUUUGGUUAUUUUGUUAAGCAUUGUCGUAAACCAGAAUGAAUUUUAAACUUGACAAGUUUUAUAGGCAUAUGUACAUGUACAUGUACAUAUUUUAAAUAUUCUCUCUUUUUUUGGUGUUAUGCAGUGAAACGUGUAAACAGAAAAGUUUCGUGUUGUAUAAGGUUGGGGUUUUUUCUUGUAUCGCAUAGGCCUAAUCGUGAUUUCGCAGAGUGGCCAAAAAUGUAUCGUGAUGGAAGGGAAAGGCAGAUAUACUGCCCCAUUUGCCUUCCCACAAUGCUUUGUGGCUGUUGUGCAAAUUCAGCCAAAAGUCCUUUACGUACUAUCGUUAUCGUUACCCCCGUUCUGUGACCGAGAUUUGAGUAGAUCACGGGAACAAGGUGAAAUCUGGUGUUGUUUUGUAAGGGCAAGUUCGGGCGAAGACUCUGAUGGCAACUAACACAGUAGCGGAUAAAGAGGGGGUGGGUCGCAAC